AUGCUUUCAGAAAACGAAUCCCUCCGUGUUAUUGUACACUCUGCCCACGAUCUUAUGGAUGUCGAGACAAUGGGAAAACAAGAUCCAUAUGUGCAAAUGACAUUGAACCCACAUGAAAAAGACGCCUUUCAACGCACUGAAGUCAAGAAGGAUGCUGGCAAGCAAGCAAGUUGGAACCAGCAAUUUGAAUUUGCACGACAUGGCGAGCAUAAUUUAUUCGUUGAGUUGAUGGAUGCCGAAAAAGGAAUUGAUGAGCUGAUUGGAUUUGCCGCUAUCCCCUUGGACCAAGCACCUAUCAAUGGCAUCUUUGAACUAUACAACGUCACUGGCAAGGUGGCAGGCACAUUGCACUUGUCUAUCAACACAACGCCUGCAGAGGAAGAAAGCGAGCCUAUCUCUGGAAAGACCUAUGCGAAUGAAGAACACCUCAAGCGUGUCAAGAAUCUCCGUAACAAGGGUAUCGCUGGUGAUGUGGGUGCAGCCCUACUCACAGGUGCUUUGGCAGCGGGUGCUGGAUUCCUUGGCCAAAAGUUGUAUCAACAACAUGAAAAGAAGAAGCAACAAGACCAAGAAGGAGAGGAAACUUCCAAGGAGCAAUAA